GUGGAGGUGAACGCUGUGCUCUGAUUGGCUGAGAGGAGCUCGUCACCUGUCAGCUUUAAGAGUUGGGAGGCAGAAAGAGAAGAAGCAGAGCUGAGGAGCAGACGUGUCAGAGGAUUAGCUCCCACAGGAAAGCUUCCAUUGCUCAUAUAAAACCAAAGAUGGCGUCUGUCGCACCGUUCAGCCGCAGGCAGUGGGCUUCUCAGUCCCUGAGGGUCACCGCCAAGGAGCUGUCCAUCGUCUCAGCCCGGGGCAAGAACACGGCCAUCGCAGAGCRUUUCUCCAGGUACCAGCUGGCRGCACAGGAGGGCAGUGCAGACAAGAAGAAGGUUCCAGAAGCUCUGCCCCCCUCCCUGGCUACUGGUAAUCUGAGUGUUUUAAAGAAACGCUGGGAGCAGCGGCAGCAGCAGCCUCGGACCACCCCGUGCAGCCCCACAGCCCCCCAGUGCCACAGUUCAUCUACCCUCUCCAAAGCGCCAUCCUCUUCCUCACUGAUCCAGUCCCAGUCUGGCAGACUGAAAAGGAGCCAGACUUGCUCUGAGACCAGGACCAGGAGCAGUCUGUCCCCAGAUCCUGAAGACCAGAUGGACAGCAGAGACCCAGAGAGGCAGGAGGAGUGGGCUGCAGCAGGGGGGUCUGACGUGGAAAACCCCAGCGUUCCCAUCAACAGCCUGAAGAUGAUGUUUGAGAGAGGAGAGAGUCACGACAAGGGAUCCAGAGAGCCGACGGAGCGAGGAAACGACAGUAAUUCAUCCAACAUGGAGCAGCUGCUGGGAGAUGGAAGUCUUGCUGAGUCCACGCCUCUCCGUGACAGAAUGGCUCUCUACCAGGCUGCCGUCUCCAAACAGGAAGYUGCUAAUGAUCCUGUGGACGGCUUCUGUGGGAAACAAAAGGAAAACGUCCCGCCCUUCUCUCUGGACAUGAGCGCUGAGUCUGAAUCAAACAGGAGAGUUUUUACCUCCGACAGCAACGGCUCUGCUCCUAGUACUCCUUCAACUCCCAGUCAGAAAGACACUCCUCAGUCAAAGACCCUCAAGAGCUUCCAUCUGCCUCUGAAGGAGAGCUGUGUGUCCUGUCUGAAGACUGUUUAUCCUCUGGAGAGGCUCGUGGCCAAUCAGCAGGUCUACCACAGCUCAUGCUUCCGCUGCUCCCACUGCAGCACCAAACUCAGUUUGGUGAAUUACGCCUCUCUGCACAACAACGUCUACUGUAAGCCUCACUUCUCUCAGCUCUUCAAGGCCAAGGGAAACUACGACGAGGGCUUCGGCCACCGACCCCACAAAGAGCUGUGGGAGAGUAAGGAGAGYGAGGACGCCUCACCGCAGCCCAAGACCCAGAGCUCACCCUCAGAUCAAGACAGCCCCAGUGUGGAGGACUCCCCGCUGGCCAAAGUGGUGGUCCUGACAGCCACCAUGGAGGCUCUGGGUCAGGGGUCCUCGGAGAAGGCCGAGAGGCCCGCCGAGACCCGCAGGCUGAAGAUCUCCUGGCCUCCAAAGACCGAUCCAGAGGACACACCCAGUCCCAGCUGGGUCAUGGAAGGGGGCUCCACCACUAAGCUCAUCAAAGCCAAGUGGCCCCCAGAGGAGGAGGAGACCCAGUCCUCCUCCCCAGAGCAGGACCGGGGCUCGCCCUGCCUKCGCCAGAGCUCCUCCCUGAAGGAGCGCAGUAUGGCCUUCUCACUGGCAGCACAAGGCAGCAAACCCAGUCCUCCUGUCAACCAGGACCMUACGAGUCCUGAAGCCUCCAUCAAGGACCAGCAGCUUGAGGGCCAGUCCUUGGACAGCUGUGUGGACUCACACARCAGCUGUGGAGAGGAGGACCUGACGGACCACCAUCUCAUCACAGAGAGGGAGACCAAAGCAGCAGGAGGUGAAGAUGAGGAGGAGGAGCAGAUGGAGGAAGACUGGGACGUGCUGGAGGAGGAGCUGUCUGAUAAAGGUCAGAUUUCAGCAAAGCCCAUGGCCGGCUUGUCUCCUGAGGGGGAGGGGGAGGUCAUCCAGUCGUGUCAGGAGGACGUGGGCUUCUGGGACAACGAGGAGGUCCAGGAUAAGGAGGAGCAGGAGGUGCUGUCUGUGGAGGAGAUGAUCAAACGCAACCGAUACUAUGAGGAAGAGGAGGAGGAAGAGGAUGUGUAAAGUAACAUCUGUGUUGUUGAUCUCUUUAACAUUCCUGCUUUUAUUUUCAGAAAAGAUGUUUUUCAGACGGUCGGUGCUGACCUCUGACCUUGUGCCUCCUUCACACCCCUUCAACCAUUCUUACAGUUUUUAGAAGUUUGGGGAAAUGUUUUUAAAUGUUUGAAACAUUGUUUUUAUAAUUUUCUAAUGUGGACUUGGAGAAAAACUUGAUUUCAUUUUAGAAUCAUGUGAGAAUUAGAGCUGAAAUCCAGAUUAAUCUGAGGAACCAGGAACUCUGUUCACUUUUCUCUUUACAUAGAAUCUGUCCUUCACUUUGUAAACCAGCAUCUGUUUUUGUCUCUUCUGAAUGUUUUCGUUUUUAAGAUUUCUAACUGAGUAAUAAAUGUUAUAUUUUUUAAAACCAGAGGACCAAAAAUCCUUUUCUGCUACUGUUUAAUAAACUCCCUUAUUAAAAAAAAC